GUUUACUUCCGGAGUAACUUCCUCUAGGCUAAGUCCUCAUGUUGCUAACGGUCGAAAAAAAUGUUUUUGAGAACAAUUUACUUUUAAUUUAAUUUUUAAUCAUUGCUGCAAGUCGAAAAGGGCGAUUUAUAAUCAUGACGGAUGACGACAAGAUGGAGUGGGUUGAGACGACCGAGGAGGUUAAUGAAUCUGAGGAAUGCGUCUCCCUGAAGAACAGCGAUCCAACAGAUUUGGAGUCAACUGAAACAUCACUCCAGAAAUUGUUGAACGCUGUGGGGCAGGAUGAAAGCGCUGAAGGACAUGAUGGCGUUUGUUGCGAGGAAUGUCUGCCUCUGUUUCAGGAUCAGACUAACCCUGAUCAGAUUAAUGGUCCAUCAUUUGUUCUUGACUUCCCUACAAUCAUGGGGGUACCACAGCGAGCUCUACUCACAUUACCCUUUGGCCUGAUGAUCGGCAGAUCUAGCAUUCCCUGUGCAGGGGUAGGGGUGAUAAAUCAAGGACCAGCGCUCUCUCCAGGAAUGCAUUUUGGACCGUAUGAGGGGGAGGUGACGACGAAAGAAAACGCAAUGGCUAGUGACUUUUCCUGGGAGAUUUACAAAGAAGACGAUCAGUACGAGUACGUAGAUGCCACCAAUGACUUGUAUUCAAACUGGAUGAGGUAUGUAAACUUUGCGCGGAACAAAGACGAGGCCAACCUGGUGGCAGUCCAGUGCAAAGGCAGCGUCCUGUUCCACUGCUGUCGCUCCAUACAGACUGGAGACGAGCUCACAGUGUGGCCCAGCAGCAAACUGCUCGCUCAUUUCAGUUCAGAUUGGACCAAGAUGUUGUCUUUGAAGAUGAACAGAACAGUGAACGGCGAUUCCACUUCGUCUCCGAUUUACCUGUGCUCCAACUGUCUUCUCUCUUUCACAACGGAGAGCUUCCUCCUCCGACACAUAGAACUCUUCCACUCUGAGCCUGACGCUGAAAAUGCAGAAGAAAACCACGCCUCCGUAGACGAGCCUGCAGCCUCCCCGCUGCAGCUCGUCGACGGGAUUAAAUCCAAAACAUGCGACGACUGCGGGAAAGUUUUUAAACAAGUCCCCUACCUCAGGAAGCACCAGCAGUGCGUGCAUUCCAACAAGCGGCCUUACUGCUGCUCACAUUGCAGGAGAAGCUUCAGCCGGGCGUACGGUUUGCUCAGACACCAGAGCAUUCAUAGAAAAACCGCAGCUACGAAAAGAUUGGCCCCUCGGAACUCGGCGCUGAAAGCAGAACUUUCUAACAGGACUGAAGCAGCCGCGUCUGAGCAGAUGAAAGAAAUCGACUCUGAUUGUUUACAAGCGAACGCGGAUAUCGGUGCCGAGACUCCGUCUGCUGAAGAGGCAGAAACACACCAGCUGGAUAGUUCAGUUUGUGGAAAUAUCUUCACGAACGAAGAGCAACUCCAGAAGCACAAGAAGACUGUUGACGAGGAUUCACGCACUUAUGUCUGCUCUGUGUGCCAGAAAUGCUUCGGCAAGGAGAACGAGCUGCGCAGGCACCUGCCCAGUCACCAGAGGGAAAAUGAAGAGGAUGCAGAGGACCCCUCCGCAAAGCCGUUUAGCUGCGGAGAGUGUUGGCUGGCUUUCUCUUCUGUGGACGCCUUGCAGCUGCACAUAACGGAGCUGCACUCGCAGGGAGCGGAUGCCGAGAAUCAAGAAGAGUGUUCGGCUGCUGCAGAAACCAGAGACUCCACCUUAAACCGGGCCCCUCUGAGGCCUCAGCGUCUCAAAGCCAGAUCCAAAGUUUCUGCCCUCACCAAACUCGUCGCACCUAAACGCAAAGCAUCCAAAGAGCCGGGGGCCUCGGCGGUCAGCGGCGCGAAAACGGUGAAAUACAAGUGGUUUAGCUGCAGCCGCUGCAGGCAAACCUACGGGAACCCAGAGGAUCUCAAAGCACAUGUUUGCUCUUUGAAGCAGCUGAAGUGUGGGGAGUGCAGAGCUGCUUUUACUACUUCUGAUCUGCUCAGGAGACACAAGCAGGUAGAGCACGGAAGAGCACAAUCUUUCUGUUGCGACUCCUGCGAUAAAAGAUUCUCCACGUCGGCGAAGCUGAAACAGCACCAGAAGAAGAAAUCCUGCCAGAAGUACCACUGCACCGCCGAGCUUUUCCCCUGCUCCUUCUGCCAGUUCUCCUUCACCAUGAAGAGCUACCUGAUCAAACACAUCAAGCGGCACCACCCCAUGGAGCUUCUGUCCAGCUGCAGCUCAGACAGCCCGGCGGAGCGGCCGGAGUACGCAUGCCAGCACUGCGGGGCGAGCUGCCCGGACGCAGAAGGUCUCAGAUCUCACAUAUGCAUCCAGCAGGUGAAGGUUUUGUAUUUGUGCACCGAAUGCGGGAAGAGCUUCACAAACCACUACGGCCUGAAGCAGCACCAGCGCAUUCACACGGGCGAGAAGCCGUACAGCUGCAGCCACUGCGGCAAGAGCUUCUCCUACGUGGGCCAGCUCAACGUGCACCUGAGGACUCACACCGGGGAGAAACCCUUCCUCUGCCCCCACUGCGGCGAGAGCUUCCGCCAGUCCGGGGAUCUGAAGCGACACGAGAGGAAGCACACGGGCGUGAGGCCGCACACGUGCCCCGAGUGCGGCAAGAGCUUCAGCCGCCCGCAGAGCCUCAAGGCUCACCUGCUGCUGCAUCAGGGAGAGAGACCGUUCAAAUGCAGCCAGUGUGGGAAGAGCUUUUCCAGGAACUAUCACCUCAGGAGGCACCAUCAGAAGAUGCACACGUAGAAACCCAUUAGCAGGACUCAUCAUGGUGAAAGCGCUUAAAUUACCUGAGGUCUGCACUAAAUGACUUGACAGAUGGCUGUAAUGUGAAGGCUGUUCUGGAAGCUUCCGGUUUGCCGCCUUUAUUUAUU